AUGCCUACCGCCCCACUAUCGCCACAGGAUGGGGAUGGUUUCUCUGCCAUGAUCCGAGCUGAGAUCAGGCCAGGCAGGAUGGAUGAUUUCCUGUCCUUGUUUUACUCUGGAACUGAGAGCUGGCACAGGAACCCGAAUGUAUCAUUUGAGGUCUUUCGCUCCAAGAGCGAACCUACCAAGCUCACAUGGAUACAGAGCUGGUCCAAAGGCAUUAAUUGGUUCCUGCAGCACCAUAUGAGCAGGGAUUGUAUGAAGCAGUUGCAUGAGGCGACAAAGGACCUGUGUGUCAAGGAGCAGCAUGUUAAAAUAUACGAGCUAUUCGGGGGUCCCUGGGCCAAAGCUCGGGAGGGCAUGUAG